UAUGCCUUAACCAAAGCAGUGGAGCUGUCUUCAUUUACUGGAAAUUACACUUACUCGUCUCAUUUUAGCCCGUUUAAGUACAAAAUUUGACGAUGAUUCACAAAUCUCACCUCACCAAAGAUUUUACGCUGUUAAAGUUAAAAGUAAUGUAUACCAUAGGAAGGUGCGGAGGUUGAAGAUUAGGAUAAAAAGUUAGUAGGAAGCCGGGCGUAUUUCUUUCCCAUCCUUAUGUGUCUUUGGAACGAAAGAUAAGGGAUAAUAUAUAAUCUUGAAACAAAAAAAUGCAGGAUUAGAUUAAUUUGAGUUUAGUUAGGGGUAUAAAUUAGUUCCGGAAUUAUUUAUCCCACCAUUUGUAUUAUAAUGAUGGGAUAAGGUAUCCCAUAUAUAUGGUGGGAUAACUUUGUCUAUCCCAUCCCCAUACCAAACAACCCCUUAGAGUAUGCAUUCUUCUUCUUGUUUUUCCUUUAUCUUUAGAUUUCUACUACUAUUUGUCAUUCUUUAGCCUCGAUAUCUUAUUUUCUUGUUGUUUUUGCUGCCUCUUUUUCAUUGUUUGUUCAGUCGAGGGUUGAUCGGAAAGAGUCUCUAGACCCCACUUAUGUGAUUACACUGAAGGGUCAUAUUGGAAUCGUGGCCAUCAACAAGCACUAUGUCUUCUUUAUUAUAGGGAUAAUUGAAAGGAAGCUUAGUGAAUAUUUAAACUCUUACUUGAUUACGGAGGGCAGAUUGUUGUAUUCACAAGUGGAUGGCGCUUGGACAUACAGAGGGAAUUGGCGAUUCAUCGAGCUGGAACUCUCGUCACUACGGUGAGACCAACUCCAGCCAGUAUCUUAGCGGAAUGUGGCACCGGUUCGUUUCAUGGGAACACCUACAUCCACAGCGGCGAGCCAGUACUCUCUUUCUCCAAUGUAUGCGACCCAAUUCACUGGUAUGAGAGGACCAAUCCUCUUUGUUGGGGUUGUUGAUGAUGACUGGCAAUAACGUCACACAACCUAGGAUAUAAAUUGAGCAGAGUACACUAUGGCGGUGUAUGUGAUUACUAAAUUCUUUAUACUAAGACUAAUUAGGUCCAAGGUCAAAUAAUCUCGUGUAAUUUAUCACUGUAUCAAUCAUUUUGUUUGACAAGUAAUUAAAGCUUAUUAAUUAAUUCACUCUAAUUUUGCUUCACAUCAAUGUUUCUUAAUUAUUCAUGGAAAUAUUUUAAAUAUUCCAAGGAAGCUAUCAACCUCACAUAUUCAAUUGAAUUGAAAAUGAUAGCCCUCUAAAAGUCUUUAUUCAAACUUUGGAAAAUAACAGUCUUAUUAUCCUCCACCUUAUUGACAAGAAUCUCAAUGACUAAUCACCUAAUCACCUUAACUCCAUUAUUGUUUUUCUAAAGUCAAGAAACCCCAUCAAGACACAAUUUUUAUCUAUCAAAUAUUCAAAUGGCCAUGAUGAACACAAGAAAGCUAUUUCAAAUAACAAACCAAUCUGCAGAUUGUAUCUAUGUUUGUGAUUCAACAUGUCCUUAUGCUUGUUAUCCAUAUGUAGACUUAGAUUAUUACAUACCUCCACCGCCGCCGCCGCCAUCGCUGCAGCCUCAAUUGAAUAGCAAACAUCAUCAGAACAUAUCACCUUAUGUUAUCAUCUCCGUUGCCUUGUUUGCUAGCUUGUUCCUUCUUGUCAGCUACUAUUUGAUCAUUGUCAAGAACUGCUUGAAUUGGAACAGGAGAAGAACCCCACCAACACAAGCAGGCUCUGAUGAAGAUUUUUUCGACGAGAAUCGAGCUCCUGAUAUUGAUCAUCCCAUUUGGUACAUCAACACUAUAGGUCUUCAGCCAUCUGUUAUUGAUAAGAUUACUAUUUUCAAGUACAAAACAGGAGAUGGUAUGGUUGAAGGAACAAAUUGCUCUGUUUGCUUGAAUGAAUUUCAAGAUGAUGAGUCUCUUAGAUUACUCCCAAACUGUAAACAUGCCUUUCACAUAUAUUGUAUAGAUACAUGGUUAAGAUCACACACAAAUUGUCCCUUGUGUCGUUGUGACAUUUUAUCAAACAGUUUGAAUGCACCUACAGUGGUUCCAGUCGAGCUUGACUUAGGUGCUAAUUUGAGUACCAAUGAAGAGAGGAUACUGGAAAAUGAUGAACAGAGAGAAGUGAAUAGUAACAAUGAGGUAAUUAUUGGCGAGAAUGGGGUUAAUCAAGAAGAGUUUUUGCAGGUUGAGAGGGGCUGUGGAGAUGGGGAAGUACAAUCAAUGAGAAGAUCAGUUUCAGUGGAUUCUUCAAUGAGUUCAAAUAGAGGGCUUGAUAAUAUGUUUGUGUUGUCAAGAAUGAGUGGAGGAGAAGAAGCUGUUGGUGAAAAUUCAAGUUCAACUCUGCAUAAAGAAGAACCUGUUUUGAUGAAGAGAUCAUUUUCUUAUGGUGGUAAAUCAUUUUUCUCAAGACAUAAUCGUAGUCGAAGUUCAGUGCUUCCAUUGUGAAACACCGCUAAGUUUCUUUCAGAAAACAUAGCUCCUUGGACUGUCAUCAGCAGGUGCUUGUGGUACAAAAAUUUUGGAUAAUACGAGUAACAUAGGCUAGGAUCAUAAAUUGUGAAUAACAUCAAUGUCAGGUUCAAAAGAGGACCAUUAUGAAACAAGAGGACGAUUAAGGAAUUUGGCAACCAGAUUGGAGGUUGUAUGCUAGUUUUAAGAUUGGAUUCUCAUUGGUUUGCAUUCAUUGUAAAUUUAUACAAACAAAUUUUAUUC